AUGGAAAUCUUGACAUUGGAAGCAACAUCUUUGGUCCUUUUGUUAGCAGUUGUUAUAACAUUGAUAUGGAAAGUGAUUAAUUGGGUUUGGAUCAGACCGAAGAGACUAGAAAAACUGCUAAGACAACAAGGUCUUAAAGGAAACCCUUAUAGAAUAUUCCAUGGAGACCUCAAGGAGCUCAAAGCUAUGGUGGAGGCUACUAAUUCUCGUCCCAUAGACUUGUCCAAUGACAUCACCUCUCGGGUUCUUCCAUUUCAUCGUCAUAUUAUUGAUAACUACGGAAAAAACUCGUAUAUGUGGGUAGGACCAAUUGUAAGAGUGAACGUUAUGGAACCGAAACUUAUAAAAGAAAUCUUGACGAACAACAAAUCUUUCAAAAAGCCACCACCAAUUCAUCCUCUGGCCAAUCUUCUAGUUGCAGGCCUUGCAAGUUACAACGAUCACAAAUGGGCCAAGCACAGAAGAAUUAUCAAUCCAGCUUUCCACAUGCAAAAGCUAAAGAAUAUGUUCCCAUUGAUGUAUAUGAGUUGCAAUGAAGCAAUGAAGAAACUGGAAAUUUUAUUCGAGAAUGAAAAAGGAUCGGUUGAAGUUGAUGUGCAGCCUUAUCUUGAAGAUCUUUCGACUGCUGUGAUAUCUCGGACUCUGUUUGGAAGCAGUUUAUAUGAAGAAGGGAUAAAGAUAUUCAGGCUUCAAAAGGAUCAAGCUAAACUUACUCGCCAAGUUUCUACCAACAAAGAAAAACAGGGGAAUAAAAGCAAUCAAUAG